ACACAGAUUGAGCAGAUCUCUGCUUCUGUGAUGUCCAACUUCACCUUUGCUUUCUGAGGAUCCCUAGGUGGCAAUCACCUAAUCAGUAUUUAUUGAGCUUCCAUUCUGUGCCAGGCCUUAUGCCAGUCAACAGAGAUACAAAGAUACAAACGAGGUGGGCCCCGCCUUCAGGAGUGUUAGCUUGUUCUAUUACUCUUCUGAUGGUGGUUGGAGUUGUUUUUAUUUGAUUUUCAAGAUUAUUGCAUCCCAAGUUCCUGGUUUAAGAAACAUUCUCAGGGACUGUAGAGAUUUGGAGAAACAUGAGGUAAAAGGAGGGGAAAAGAAAGGAAGGGAGUGGGAGUGGUGGCGGUAAACUUCAGUUCAAUUAAACAAAAAAUAAACACUGCUGUUUUCAAGGUUCUAUACUGUGAACUCUUAAGUGUUUAGGUAAAUGUAGGUAUAAGCCCUCCUACAAAGGAAUUCAGUUUGAUAGGAGAGAAGAUACCAGCACAGACUUUCCAAUUUUUGAAAACAACAGUGGAAGUCUGUAGCUCUAGGAUCUCCUAUCCUAGAUCUCUUUUCCCCUCCUUAGCCAGACUACCUCCAAAGAGAUCUCUAGAUCCAUUGCCUCCCAUUCCCCAACAGGCCCCGGCAUACAGUAGGAGCUCGGUGGAAUGUUUAUUAACUAAUGAAUGGUCAACACAGUCUGGUUGAAAGGACAGAGGACUAAGUCCAUGGACUGGAAAUUGGAAGGGAGUACUCAGAAAGUAGAGUCACCUGUGCUGCAGGGGCAAGAAGGCAUCCUAGAGGAGACAGGUGAAGAUGGACUUCCUGAAGGCUUCCAGCUUCUGCAGAUCGAUGCGGAAGGCGAGUGCCAGGAGGGAGAGAUCCUGGCCACAGGCAGUACGGCAUGGUGCUCGAAAAAUGUCCAGAGAAAACAGAGACACUGGGAAAAGACAGUUGCAGCAAAGAAGAGCAAAAGAAAGCAAGAAAAAGAACGAAGAAAAGCCAAUCGUGCAGAAAAUCCAGGCAUUUGCCCCCAGCACAGCAAACGUUUCCUGAGAGCUCUAACCAAAGACAAACUUUUGGAAGCCAAACACUCAGGACCAAGACUAUGUAUCGAUCUGAGUAUGACCCACUACAUGUCAAAGAAGGAAUUAAGUAGACUGGCUGGACAGAUUCGAAGGUUGUAUGGUUCAAACAAAAAAGCUGACAGGCCAUUUUGGAUCUGCCUCACUGGAUUCACAACAGACAGUCCCCUUUAUGAAGAGUGUGUGAGGAUGAAUGAUGGAUUUUCUAGUUACCUGUUAGACAUAACAGAAGAAGACUGCUUUAGUUUAUUUCCCCUGGAAACCCUUGUGUACCUGACUCCUGACUCAGAACACGCUCUUGAAGAUGUUGAUCUAAACAAAGUUUACAUCCUCGGUGGGCUUGUGGAUGAAAGCAUUCAGAAGAAGGUGACAUUUCAAAAGGCCCGGGAAUACUCUGUCAAGACUGCACGCUUGCCAAUCCAGGAAUACAUGGUCAGAAACCAGAAUGGGAAAAACUAUCAUUCAGAGAUACUGGCCAUCAAUCAAGUGUUUGAUAUCCUGUCCACUUACUUAGAGACUCACAACUGGCCUGAAGCAUUGAAGAAAGGAGUUUCUUCAGGAAAAGGCUAUAUUCUUCGGAACUCAGUGGAAUGAUGGGCCUAAGAUUGCAGCUGUGUGGCCAGGUGCUCACGCCGUAAUGCCAACACUUUGGUAGACCGAAGUGGGCAGAUCACCUGAGGUCAGGAGUUCAUGACCAGCCUGGCCAACAUGGUGAAACCCUUCUCUACUGAACAUACAAAAAUUAGCCAGGUGUGGUGGCGCAUACCUGUAGUCCCAGCUACUUGGGAGGCUGAGGCAGGAGAAUCACUUGAACUCGGGAGGCGAAGGUUGCAGUGAGCCGAGAUUUCACCAGUGCACUCCAGCCUGGGUGACAGAGCAAGACUCCAUCUCUAAAAAUAAAAAAAAAUGCAGCUGCAGGAGUGAGGUGCUUGGAGGUACCUUGACCCAAAGAGCAGGGCAGAGGGUGGCAGUGGCACAUAGGCAAGUGUCUUUGCAUGACAUCUUCUCAGAGCUUCACAAUAAGCUAAUGUCAGGGACCACAUUUAAUGCUUUUUAAUCUCCCAUAGCGCCUGGCUCACAGGAAGUGCUCAGAUAUGUUAAGUAAUAAAAAGUUAAUGUGGUGGGUGCAGUGGCUCACACCUGUAAUCCCAGCACUUUGGGAGGCUGAGGUGAGUGGAUUACAAGGUCAGGAGUUCCAGACCAGCCUGGCUAAUAUGGUGAAACCUCGUCUCUACUAAAAAUACAAAAAUUAGCUGGGCAUGGUGGUGCGUGCCUGUAGUCUCAGCUACUCAGAGGCUAAGGCAGGAGAAUCACUUGAACCCGGGCAGCGGAGGUUGCAGUGAGCCAAGAUCCAGCCUGGGCGACAGAGCCAGACUCUUGUCUCAAGGGAAAAAAAAAAAAUUUACGUAACAAGGAAUUAGCCUCAAAACCAAAUGGCUUUGGACGUGCUAAUUCAACUUUUGUACAUCUAUUUGUGAGACACCUCUUGAAAUUGUUUAAAUGGUUACAUCAAGAGUUUAAUAUUCACUAAACUGGCAUCAUAAAAUUGUAUGACUUUCUCCAGCCUUGUCUGACCAUGCUUGUUGUUGCCCAGCUCAGUAAUAAGCUUUGCAGGAUCCAGCCUGUUCUGACCUAUCCCUACUGAGUCCCCAUAACAUUUUGUUCCCUCCUGUGGCUCUUACCCUGUUCUCCCUUGCAGAGUAUGGGCAUGGAGGGCUUCUCUUCCUAAUCCUUCCUAAUGGUAGGAUCCUAACAGGACAAAUCUGUGUACCUAUCUUUCUAUCCUCCCUGAGCCUGGUACCAACUAGAUUCUUCAUAUGUAUUUGUAACAGAUUAAAUUGUAAAGCAAACACAGUAUUGAUAAAAGUCUGUCUUGAAAAUAGCUAGAAAGUGUUAGUCUUGAAAAUAGCUAGAAAGUGUUAGACACAUGAACACGUCAGAUAACCUACUUAUUACACAAAUCUCAUGUUCAUGUCCCAGUUGGACGUAUUUGCUUCAGUUACUCUGACAGUUUGGGUUAACUUGCUAGUUAAGCAGCUAGCAAAUUCGGGACAUGUAUUCAAUAUCAAAAGAACCAACAGAUUACUUCUCUGCUCUGUCCCCUCCCCUUCACAAUUUAAUUCCUAAGGAACUGUGUUCACCUAAUAAAUUAUAUCAGUGCCUUUCUAUUUAAAAACUGGCUAGACAGUUCAUAAUAAAAGAUAUGGGACCAACCUAAGUACCCGUCAACCAAUGAAUGGAUAAAGUGUGGUAUAUAUAUCCAAUGGAAUAUUAGCCAUAAAAAAUAAAAGUCUUUUGCAGCAA